GAUCCUAAGUUUGGUGGCUCAUGUGCCUGGACUUGGAGUGUCUCUCUCUGGGUUAUGUCUUGAAGCGGGCGAGGAAACCAAUGAGAACGUGAUGUGCACCGCACAUGUGGGAACACGCACACACAAACCCAGUGGUUAGCAGGGAAGAAAUGUGAAGCGACAGCCGCUCCUCCCCGCCUGGCCUGUGAUUAGCUGGGGAGGAAUGUUUGGCUGUGACGUGGGCCAAUUCCUCCAGCCUUUCUCUGGUUUUGGAGGAGAGUUGGUAAUGUUAGCAAAGAGGGCAAGCAGCAGGAGUCAACUUUCAAUCACAAGAGGUUUGACUCUUGCAAGAUGUGGUGGCCAGCCUCCUCUGCCAUUUUUGUGUACCGAGAAGCUUCUCCAGGGGUUUCUCUUCUGGUCCAGAAGUCUGGCAGCUGUUGACUGAGGUUGCAUUUUUGGAGAAAGGUGGUAUCCGGGGAAUUUACUUCACUUUAAAAACUUGAGGCAGACACUGACUUGCUGUGCAAUAUCUGAGAAGUGUGGACCAUUCUAACUUGCCUGGAGUGAAUGAGGAAGGGAUACUCUGACCACCUGCAUCUCCUUUACUGUGAGCAUCAUGGCCAUAGUGCAAACCCUACCUGUCUCCAUUGAGUCUGCCUCGGAAGGGGCCGCCCAGCUCCACAACAGUGCCUGCGCCUCUCCUGCAGCCAUGGGCAGCGUGAGCAGCCUCAUCUCAGGCCGGCCUUGCCACAAGGCCACACCGGAGUUUGGCCCUUUCCGUCUGCCUGGUGGUGCUGGUUCUCAAGAGCCACUAUGCCAUGGACUUCCCACCAAGAAGAACAGCUACGGUUAUGCCAGCGAAGAGGAUUGGGCUGAAGUUGUGUCUCCAAUCAGCCCCUGCAGUGAUACAGAAGAGCUGCAGGAUGAGAAGCCCCGGAUUGGCACCAUUCGUGGACCACCACCCAAGUUGGUGCCUGUAUCAGGGAAGCUUGAGAAGAACAUAGAGAAGACACUGAUCCGCCCAACAGCGUUCAAACCAGUCAUGCCCAAGAACCGCAACCCCCCACUGCAGGGGCACCUGGCACUGCGUCCUGGUGGUACCACAGUGUUAUCUGAGAGUCAAGCUAGUUUUGCUCAGCUGUUUGGUGGCACGCAUGCAGGUAACACAGAGAAGCACAACUCCCUGAGCUGCCGCACCAGCUCCCACUCAGGAACCAUGUCAGACUCUGGGCGCAACUCUCUCUCCAGCCUCCCCACAUACAGCACAGGGUGCAGUCAGCAAAUGGAGCCGGUCAGCAUCUCCAUGGGCCACAUCAAUCUCGACAGCCAUGGCAGCAGCAGUUCCCGGGGUCUCACGGGUCCUUCAAACUCUGACAGUGGGCGUUCGUCGUCGAGCAAAAGUACAGGUUCCCUGAAUGGCCGUGGGCAUCAUUCCUCUGAUAGUGGCUCCUGUGGUGGGCACUCGCCUGUGCAUGGCAAUGGUGUUGAUGAAGCCCUGCUUGUUCAUGAGCUGGAGGAGAAGCUACGGGAACGUGAGGCUGAGUUGCAGCAUCUAAGAGAGAGCUUGGACGAGAAUGAAGUGGCCAUAUGCCAGGUAUAUGAGGAAAAGCAGAGGCGUUGCGAGGAGGAGAUGGAAGGGCUGCGACAGGGCUACACGGCCAAGCUCCAGCAGUCUGCUCAGAAGGCCCAGCGCAGCCAGCAAGUGCUGCAGCUCCAAAUCUUCCAACUGCAGCAGGAGAAGAAGAAACUCCAGGAGGAUUUCUCCCAGUUGUUGGCUGAACGUGAGCUACUGGAAAAACGUUGCGCCUCCUUUGAGCGGGAGCACACAGAGUUGGGCCCCCGCUUAGAAGAGACCAAAUGGGAGGUGUGCCAGAAAUCAGGGGAGAUCUCACUGCUCAAACAGCAGCUGAAGGAGUCCCAGUCAGAAGUGGCUCAGCGGAGCAACGAACUGAUACUCUUGAGAGCCCAGUUAAGGGAGGCACGGGCUGAGCUGCAGGCUAACGAAGACCAGGCCCUAGGCUUACAGGAAAUGGCCCGAACCAAGGCCUUAGAGCUUGAAGUGUGUGCCAAUGAGCUGGCCAGGCGCAAGAGCGAGGCCGAACUGCUGCGCGAGAAGGUGGGGCGUUUGGAACGUGAAUUGGAAGGACUGCGCAGUACAAGCGGGGAUCUCUGCCCACUGCUCUCUGAGUGUGAUGAGGCGAAAGCCCAGCGACAGGCUGCCGAUACCUUGCAGGGCUUGCGUGCCCAGGCAGAGCGGCUGCGGGCAGAGUUGCUGUGCGAGCGGCGCCGUGGUGAGGAGCAGCGGGAGGCUUUCCAUGCCGAGCGCAUCACCUGGCAGGGUGAAAAGGACAGAGUCAUCCGCUAUCAGAAGCAAUUGCAACAUAACUAUAUCCAGAUGUAUCGGCACAAUCGGGAUUUGGAGUGUCAGCUGCGGCACCUCAGCCUUGAACUCGAGGCCCGAGACCUGGAUGAAUACGAGAUGCAUGGGGGCGAAGGCAUCUGCUUUGAGGAGAUAGCUGCCACUGAGAUCUGAAUGUGCCUGGUGGAAGCCUGAGUGAAUGGGGCCAACUCUGCCACAAAAGAAAUGCCACACAGGGUCGGAGGGCACUCACUUGGGACUCCCUCUGACUGGAGAGGAUGAGUGAGUCCAGGACAGUGGUGGAGGAAACUGCCUUGAGGGGAGGACAGCCAUGAAUCCCAGUGGGUAGUCCUUAUUCUCUUCCUUCACAUGGCUGGGAGAUCACACAUGAGGCUUCCCCACCCAUUCACCCACCAGCUCAAAAGAUGUCACUGCCAUUGAGGUUAGAUUAGGGUCUGAAGGUGGGCAGGAUUUCCACCUGUGUUUUACAGAUCUGCCUUGGAGAAAGAAGGACCCUAACCUAUCCUAAACCCUUUUUUCAGAAAAGAAGUGGGAGUGUCUGCUCGGUUACCACUUUUGUUCUGGGUGCCUUCUAGGUCCCAACAUUAUUCAGAGUCCUGCAAUAUGCUAUUGUUUGCAAGAAAUAGGUACUGAUUUUUACCUCUCCCAAUUUUUCAGAACUGGGGAUGUGGUUGAAGCACAGGGAUUGGAAAAGAUGUGUAUGGGGAACUGGGGCAGAGCUUGGAAAAACUACUUUUUGAGUUGCAACAUCCACAAUUUUAUUGCCAUUGUGGGCAGGGUGAUGUGAAGAUUCCGGUUCUUGUAUUCCAAAGUAGUAACGCUUCCAAAAAAAAAAAUCUGUCUGGUGGCGGUGGCAGGAGGGCAGAGUUUUCUUAGCACUGUCUUCCUCCACUCCCUUGGCGACAUGACCCGAUUGGCCCUCAGCCACUAUUAGCUGGAAAUUAAGCUGAGUUGGCUGUGUUAACAGCCAAUUAGUUGCUGAUCCACUUAGUGGAUGGGAGGGAAUUAGCAUUACCUGUUUUUAGGCAGUCUGGAGAAGCUUUUUUUU